AUGACCAAUCUUGGCCCCCAAAAAGAGGUGAAGAAACAUGCCCUUCUCCUUUUAGUACAGAAGUGGGAACUAAAGAGACUUUUUUUAACCAGAGAUAAUUUUAGGAGAAGCCUACUUCCACUUGCCAUUCCCAAGAGCUUUCAGAUUAGCUCUCCAAAUGUAUCAUCAGCUAUUUUUUCUGCUACAAGUAUAUUGUUGGUAGUAAAUGGAGAUAUCUAUGGCUAUGAUUUUGAAGAUAAUUCCUGGCAGAGUAUUCUAGUUACAGAAAAACACCUUACAGAUAUAUAUGCAGAGUACUGUUGCUAUAGUACUCAUGUUUCUUGCCAAUCUAUAAGUAACCGCAUUUUAGCAUAUAGCGUUGGACAGCCUACAUAUAAUACCACCAUAUAUAUGUCGAACAGUCUGGGAUUUCAUUUCGAAGAAUUAUUCAUCCCUAAACUGGCACUACUUAAUGGAACUUUGGAAGGUUUCUUUUUCUUUCAUGCUGUGGCCAAGUUUGCAGUGCUCCUGAAGAGAGGCAAUGUAGGAAGGUUUGUUUAUAUAGACCGCUCAUUGGAAGGCUUCACCUGGGGAAUGAUUUUUCCCAUGGAACAUCAUCAUUACCUGAUUAAUCUUCCAGGUUUAAACGGUUUUUUGAUUAUCUGGGAUGAAGAUCACCUGUUCUUCUCACUUAACAGUGGUCAGCUUAUUGAAGAGGUUCCUGCUAGACUAGAUGAAGACUUUUUAACUGAACCCUUUCGUGGUUCCAUGAAUAUCUACGCCGUUGCUGUCUAUGACAAUGAGUUGGCACUUAUGACUACAGAUUUUGGGUUUUUUUAUGGCAGUCUGGGAUUGCUAGCAACUUCUAUAACUAAAGUAAAAGAGGAAUAUCCUACAAUGUCAGACUCAGCAAUAAUGUUUGGUGGUGCUGGACAUGUUAUAAUGGUAACUCCAGGAAAAGACAAUGAAUAUGAGGCCUAUGACUUCUUCUUAUGUGAUGUGAAUAUGCAGAUUGUGCUCAAGAGUCUUGAGAUUGCCGUAAAAGAUUGCAAGGUAGAAAUUUUACGUGGAGAUUUUAAUAAAAAAGUGCUCGUUCUAGAUAUGGGUGAAACCUUGCAAUUGACUGCUCAGCUGGUGUUCCAGCCAUCCCAAUCACCGGUUCCAAUAGUAACUGUCAGUAAUCCCCAUUCUCUUGGAUUCAAAGUAAAAAUGUAUGAAGAUGGCUACACCUAUGAUGGAAACACAAAAUAUGCAAUAAACAUCACCCUGAUGCAGCAGUAUCUCUCAGGCAGGGCUGAUAAGAACUUCAUUUCCGAAAUAAAAAUUGCCAGUUUAUCUUCUGUCACUCUGGAUAUAAUUGACAGAGGAAUUUCCUGUAUUGACUUACAACCUCCGUCAGGUCUCAUUUCCAUUGGUUGUGACUGGGAAAAAUAUAUCGUCAUUCAUAGCGCUCUAACUGCAUGUUCGAAACACUUCCUGAAACCUGAAGAACUGGAGGACGAUUAUGUCUAUGUGAUUGAAAAGGAGGCAUAUGACCCAUCUUACCAUUUCCAAAGUAAGCCUGAUAAUGAAGACAUAACGGUGGGGUAUGAUUAUGAGAGCCUGGGAUGCCCAGGCCUGGUCUACUACAACACUCCAUGGAAACCAGUGAUUGAAUUGUGGAAAGGAAAACGCUUUGUGGAAGUCGUUGACACUGAAUUUGUCAUGAUAGAAAUAAAUGGAUUACAUACUUACAAUUAUUCUCUGACCGUUGGCAAGGCUGCCUGCCUAUCACAGGCCCAGAACUGGGUUAUGAUGAUAGAGAGUUCUCCCAACGAACAGACACGUGCAUGGCAUAGAAAGAAUUAUAUCAGCUGCCAUGAAAAACAUAAAGACGCUCCAUUGUUAUGGCCUAAUGUUGAAUACCAGGUUCUUGGGGGAAGAACAAAAAAUAGCAUCAUUUUUGAUCAAAGAAAUGGAAUUUAUGUGUUUUUUUUACGUGUUGUGGAUCCCCUUUACAGCUACUGUGAUCUGUCUACCACCUUCAGCAUAUAUGUGUACGGUGCUUUCCCAAAACAGGCGCUACCUCAUUAUUGGGUUGCCAUAGGUAUGUUGGGCUUCAUGUUGUUUACACUCUGGCUUGGAUACAUCAUUCCAAAAAUGUUAAAAUCAGAGCGUGGAAGAAAAUUCAAAUCAUUUUUCCAGAAUUUAUGCCACAAGAACAAAAAAGAAAAACUCAAGUUUCAUAUGCCAAAGUUCAAUAAAUAAGGUGUUAGAAUAUAUGAUUAUUAUAUAUUGUUA